UUUAGCACACUUGCAUCAAUCUAGCAGCAUGGAUGACACGAAGAAAUGGCCAGAAGUAGAAAAAGCAGCGACAGAGAAGAGGCGUGAGUUGGUUUUACAGGGGCCCGCUGUUGAUAAGAGAAUUUCCUCAAACGGGGGACUCGACUCCUCCAUCUACUCUCUGACACUACUGAAUUAUCUGGAAGUUAGCCAGUGCCCCAGUCUGACAGAGAUCCACGAGGAUAUCCGGCAUCUGACAAACCUCCAGAGUCUCAUCCUGUGCAGAAACAAGCUCGCAUCCAUCCCUAAUGUCAUCGGCAACCUCAAGUCUCUAAAGGUCCUAGACCUGUCAGUCAACAACCUUACAGUCUUACCAGAGGGGGUCACCCAGUUAAGGGAGCUGAACACGCUCAAUGUGAGCUGUAACAACCUGGAGGUCCUGCCUGAGGGACUCUCUCAGUGCACCAAGCUCUCCUCCAUCAACAUCUCCAAGAAUCGCGUCACCGGGUUUCCUGCUGACUUUUACUCUGAGAAACUGGACCUGCUCAGCACUGUGGUGGCCUCUGACAACUUAAUCGAAGAGCUGAGUGGAGAGAUUCACAAACUAGCUGCUCUGAAGGUCCUGGAUCUCUCCAAUAAUAAGCUGAGAGAGAUUCCCUCCGAUCUGAGUGACUGCCCCAAGCUGAAGGAAAUCAGCUUCAAAGGCAACAAGCUGAAUGACAAGCGCCUGGAGAAGAUGGUCAACGGGUGCCAGACCAAGUCAAUCCUCGACUACCUGAGAGGAAAAGGAAGAGGCAGACAAGGGGAAGAUAAAGGUGAUGCUGAUGGAGGACGCAGCACAGACAAGAAAAAAAGGCAGCAGCAGAGGAAGAAGAAGGAGAAGGCAUCAGAUGAGCAGGAUGAGGAGGAAGAGCUGAACAAGAUGGUGGUGAGGGUUCUCCAUGUUUCAGAUGCUCCCACGGCACUUACAGUCAAAGUGAGUGCAGAGGUGAAAGAUGUGAGACCCUACCUGGUGUGCUGCAUAGUCAGAGGUAUGAACCUAAAGUCUGGGAACGCUCUCAAACGGUUUCUGAUGGCUCAGACAAAACUUCAUGAUGACUUGUGUGGUAAGAGGACCAUAGCAACCAUUGCAACUCAUGAUGUGCAGCAGCUCAAAAUUCCCCUUAUGUAUGAUGUCAAACAACCUACCCAGCUCAAGAUUGUUGCGCUGGGUCGGAAGGAGAUGACCGCCGUCGAGCUUAUAAGGCAUCUUCAUCUAGAGGCUGAAGAGCUGAGGAAGCAGAAGAAGAGGCAGAAUGUUACAGGCCUCCACAAAUACCUCCAGCUUCUGCAAGGAAAGCCACUCUAUCCAUGUCUAGUAGAUGCAGAAGGUGACGUGAUUUCAUUCCCACCAAUCACCAACAGUGAGAAAACCAAGAUCAAGAAGACGACCAAAGAGUUGUUCGUGGAGGUCACGAGUGCGACCAGCCUGCAGACCUGUAAAGAUGUUAUGGAUGCUCUGAUUGUAAAAAUGGCAGAGUUGAACAAGUUCACAGCAGAGCAUCAGGAAGAGGCGGGGUCAGAUGGAGAAGGGGGUGGCCCACCAGUGCCUGCUGACAGCAGCGAGACCUCCAGCCAGCUGAUCAUCCAGCAGGUCCGAACGGUCGACCAGGACGGGAACCUGAAGGUGGUGUACCCGUCAAAGACAGAUCUCUCCAACGACAUGAACAACUUGACUAUUAUUUGGUAACAGUGCAUUGGAUUGAACCUCAUGUUUGUACUCAUUCACAUGCUACGUGAAGUUAUUUUAACAGUUUAAAGGAUGGGGCUGUGUGAGCAUUGAGGCUCAUGUUUAUGACUUUGACUUAAACGUGCUUCAAACAUACAAUAACAAUGUCGAGCAAUGGUUUAUUUUGAAAAACUCUGACGUUGUUAAUACAUGUUGCUGAUUCAUGUAAAGCUUUUUGAACCAUAUGUAGGUAAUUACUUUAAUA